AUGGUGAGGCGCGGAAGUUGUUCGACGUUAUGCCUCAAUGAGAAACUUCCUUGGCAAAACAAAGGUUUCAGGUUUCGGAUUUCCCAAAAGGCUGAUACUAGUUCAAGAAGUGGCAGCUUCUUUGAGCGAUCUAUCUCUCUCGUUCUCUUACUCUGGUGUUUCCUCUUCCUCGUCUACUCCAAGCUUGGCCUUAGCCAUAAUCAUGGAGAUAGAAUUGGGAAUUACACUGAGAGAUCAGUCUCGAAGAUCCUAAACUCCACCAUUUCUGAAGAUUCUUCCUUCACUCAAGCCACUGGGAAAGAAAGAAACUAUUGCCUCCUGAGAAACGGCCAGUUAAAAGAUGUGUACCAACACGUUCUUGGGAACAACGCUCUGUUGAUCUGCAAAGUUGUGCUACAAGAAGGAAGAAGAAAGCGCAAGACUUUGGAAGCUCGCGAUCGCGGAUAUGUCAAUCUUGAACACAAAUCUCUCAAAGUGAAUGGCUCAGGCGUGCCAUCGCAGCUUGCGAAUGCGACUCAUUAUAGGUUAGAGCCAGAUGGGACUGGGUUUAACUACGCUUCUGCUAUGAAGGGAGCUAAAGUAGUUGAACACAACAAAGAAGCCAAAGGAGCUAGCAAUGUGCUUGGCAAAGACCAUGACAAGUAUCUAAGAAACCCUUGUUCGGUGUCGAAUAAGUAUGUUGUGAUUGAGCUCGCGGAGGAGACGCUGGUUGACACGGUGAGGGUUGCGAAUUUGGAGCAUUACUCUUCGAAUCUCAAAGAGUUUAGCUUGUCAGGGAGUUUGACUUACCCAACGGAGAAGUGGACGCCCGCAGGGAGUUUUGUGGCUGCAAAUGUUAAGCAGAUACAGACGUUCAGGCUAAUGGAGCCUAAAUGGUUGAGAUAUCUUAAACUGAACUUGAUUAGUCACUACGGUUCUGAGUUUUACUGUACUCUGAGUGUUGUGGAGGUUUUUGGGAUUGAUGCUCUUGAGCAAAUGCUUGAAGAUCUGUUUGUUGGAUCAGAGACUCUUCCUCCCAGUAAACCAGCUAUGCUGGAGCUGAAUCAUGAAGUGAAAACCGCAGAUGAGAAACAAGAUGUGGAAGUGAAGAAGAAAAGCAAUAGGACGGAUCAGGUUGGGAAGGAAAGUGAGUCUCAAAGUAAGAAGGAUGAUGUUGUGAGGACGAUGAAUGUCAUGGGAGAGAAGAAAUAUGAAGUCAGGGAGAAGCAUAACGUUUUGAAGCUGUUGAUGCAGAAAGUGAAACUGAUUGAGAUGAAUUUGUCGGUGCUUGAGGACUCUGUUAAGGGAAUGAAGGAGAAGCAGCCAGAGGUUAGCUUGGAGAUGAAGAGGACGCUUAUGCUUGUGGAGAAAAGCAAAGCUGAGAUCAGAGAGAUCACAAAUUGGAAAGGGAAAAUGGAAAAGGAGCUUAGAGACUUAGAGCUAUGGAAAACUCUUGUAGUUUCCCGUGUAGAAUCGUUGGCCAGAGGAAACAAUGCACUGAGAUUGGACGUAGAGAAGAUUGAGAGAGAGCAAGCAAAUCUCGAGAGCAAAGAGGUUGGAGUUUUGUUGAUAAGUCUGUUUUUUGUGGUCUUAGCAACGAUCCGGUUAGUCUCAACGCGACUUUGGGCGUUUCUGGGGAUGUCUUUUACGGAUAAAGUGCGAUCGUUGUGGCCUGAUAGCGGUUGGGUGAUGAUACUUCUAAGCAGCAGCAUCAUGAUUUUCAUUACUUUGCUCUCUUAG